AUGCAUACAACCGUCCUCACCAACGGUCACCCAGUUCGUUUGAAGCAAGGCAGAGCUUCGGACGCUACCGUCAUCUCGGAAAACCAAUGGCGCUCCCUUGGUCGUCCUCCUCUCGGGGCCACCUCUGAAACGGCAAACAGUGCCUACGGUGGUGAAAUUCACAUCCGCGGCCAAAUGCGAUGCUGUUUGUCCUUCUGCGGAACAGCCUUCACUGGCACGUUUUACGCCGUUGACGCCAACCUGAACCUCCUUGGUCUGGAUUGGUUCAAACAAUUAAGUUUAGUCGAUAUCCUGAUCAGCCGAAUCUGCAAUGCUCUACAUUUGUCGAAAACAUCCUGUGAAAAUACUUCGGACAUCAUCAACCAGUUCACCAUGGUUUUUCAACCCGGACUGGGACAGUUUUCUGCGAUACAGGCCACUCUUCACCUUAUGCCGGAAGCCAUACCGGUCUUCUUUCCGAAAAGACUGGUCCUAUACGCAUCGUUACCGCUGGUUGAGGCUGAGUUUGGACAUCUUAAACACGUAGCAGCCACUGGCCGGUAUCCGGAUCCUGAGAAUAUCUGA